AAGAACAGAGCGGUAAACUUUUGCAUUUAUUUGUGGCAGAACCAUAGCUGGUCAAACAGAACAGAAAAUUCAGAAUUCAUCAUGAACAAAUACAUUUGCUUUGCUUCCGUUAUCUUGGCUGCCAUUGCCUCGGCUAGCUGCAGUGGUUAUGGCAAUUUGGCCAAUCUUGCCUUGAACUCCUACGGAGGUGCUGCCCCAUCCUAUGGUGGUGCUGCCUCCUCGUAUGGCGGUGAUGCCGCUGGCUACUCUGGAUAUUCUGCCCCCGCUGCCAGCUAUGGAGGUGGCUCUAGCUACAACAGCUAUGCUGCCCCCAAAUCCUAUGCCCCAAAAUACUCCUUCCAACCCCUGCACUCCACUGAAUUGUACCCCGGCCAAGGUGGCUACAAACAUUACAACUCCCACGCCAGCUACAGCCAAGUUGCUUUGCCCGUUGUGCAAGACGCUCCUUUGGCUAAAUUGUACUCUCCCGCUGCCAAGUCUUAUGGCGGUUAUGGCAGCCAAUCUUAUGGUGGUAGCCCAUCUUAUGGUGGCAGCCAGUCGGCCUAUUAAACGCCAACCGGGGAAGUUCCUGUAAAUAAUAGUCUGAAAUUUUAAGUGUUUAGUUCAUAAAUGUUUUUUUUCUAAAUCCAGUUUCAAAAAAAUUCCAAAUUUUUUUCCAAAAUUGUUGUGCACAUUGCACAUGUUUUUGUUAAUUGCAAAAUCGCAAAAUUUGGCUUAAAUUAUUUUCGGUUCAACAUUGAUAAAAAUUUUUUUUUUUGGUUUUUCUAAAUUAUUGUUAUGAAUUUAAUUAUUUUAAAAUUUUACGUGAGAGUCUUAGCAACAAAUACCUAAAUAUGUGUUUUUUUUAUUAAUACAAAUGACAAAA